CUUCCUCUGCUUUGCACAAUGAUCUAGAACAGAUAUCAGGAGAUUCCCGGAGAAAACUGACAGCAUGAGAGUGUGGCUGAAAGCAGGAGAUAUGUGCAGCGUUGUUGUAGCCCUGUUGGUCCCAGGAUAUGAAAGAGACAAAGUGGGAGAGAGAGAUAAUAUGCUGUAUUGCACCAACUUCUGCUGGAAGGGACAAGCUUCACAGAGCUCGCUCUCACGUUUGGAGAAGGCAACCAGAUGCGAUAAGUGGGAUGGGGAGAGGGAGGAAGUGGGGUGGCUUAGGGUAUGUGUCACUCAGCGGUGUCUUCCCUCCCUCCUGCACAAUGGUCCCACCAAGCUCGGAGCCGCCUCAGAGUCCCGUGUCCCUGCUCUUCCCACCCGCCUCCCACCCAGCCCCUGCCUCAGUCGCCCCGCCCCGCCAGGCCUCUCGCGAUGUUGCUAGGAGGCCGCGAGAGGGUGCAGCAGGCGCGUGGCUAGUUGCUAAGGGCCGGAGCUUCCGCGAGCGGUCGGGGGGAAGCGACGCUGGAGUCCCCGCCGUUGCCACAAGACAGAUGUCUCAUUUCUCUUGUGAAGAUGAAGCUCUGUUACAGUCUAUGCUCAGACAAUUACUGCAGAGUGUGAAGGAAAAAAUCACAGGAGCACCAUCAGUGGAAUGUGCCGAAGAGAUUCUUUUACAUUUGGAAGAAACGGAUGAAAAUUUUCACAACUAUGAGUUUGUGAAAUACCUUAGACAAUACAUAUGUAGCACUCUGGGCUCUGUGAUUGAAGAAGAAACAGAAAAAUGUACCUCUGCUCAAAAUCAGGGUGAAGGAUCUGGUUAUGACACUCUUGUCCAACAUGUUACAAAGAAGACUCAGGAAUCAAAAGAGUACAGAGAAAUGAUGCAUUCCUUGAAGAAUGUCAUGAUGGUGGUGGUGGAAUCUCUGAUUAACAAAUUUGAAGAAGAUCAGAUGCGUAAUAAGGAGAUGCAUAGGAAAACCAAGAAAGAGCAACAUAGUGCUUACUAUACAGACAACUGCUCUGAUAGUGACUCAUCUUUCAAUCAGAGUUAUACAUUCAUGAAUCAAGAACAAUUACAGCUACUUGUGGAAAGGCUUGACCCUGCUCAACCUAAGGAGGUGCGCCAGGAAGCAAUGCAGACAUUGUGUUCUGCGCCUCCCUCUGAUGUACUAAACUGUGAGAGUUGGUCUAAUUUGCGUAAACAUCUGACAAUGUCUCUCUCUGAUCCUGAUUCCACUUUCAGUGACAGAAUUUUGAGAUUCUAUGCAAAGACCUUUUCAUCUUCUCCACUAAAUAUGACAAGGGAAGUCUAUACAAGCUUAGCGAAACACUUAGAAUUGUACUUUCUUUCUGGAGAAAAUUGUGUUCCUACUAUUUCAGAUGGUAUAGACAUAACUAACCCAGAAAUAAUUCGUUUACUUAAAAAGGUGCGUCUUCUAAAUGAGUACCAAAGAGAGGUUCCCUCUUUCUGGAUUCGUCAUCCAGAAAAGUAUAUGGAAGAAAUAGUUGAGAGUACCUUAUUGCUGUUGUCAGUAAAACGUGAUCAAAGACACCUUGUCUCUCCAAAACUUUUGGAUCCAGUCUACUUCUUGGCUCUGCUUGAUAUCAAAGCUGUGUGGUUUAAAAAAUGGAUGCAUGCAAAUUAUAGCAGAACAGUGGUGCUAAGGCUCCUUGAAAAGAAAUAUAAAUCUCUGAUUAAUGCAUCUGUUCAACAGUGUGUUUACUACUUUGAAUCAUGUGAAUCAGCAGUUGAUGCAACUUCUAGAGUUAAUGUUUUGCCCCAGCAGUACAGGAGCAAUAACCAGAAGACUUUCUACUCAGGACAAGAAUUACAGUAUAUCUAUUUUGUUCAUUCACUGUGCCUUUUAGGAAGAUUAUUGAUAUAUAAACAAGGCAGAAAUCUGUUUCCUGUACAGCUGGAAAAUAGAAAAGAUUUCAUAUCCCUAACUGACCUGUUGGUACUAUUUAUUCGAUUUAUUUAUUGCUCUCCCACUUGCCCAAAGAUAACUCUGACAGUGCACACAGAUGACUCAAGCAAUUAUUCUCCAGCAAUCCUUGCUACAGAGGUGCUACAAAUUCUGUGUGACCGAACUGAAUGUGCUACUGAAUGUUUAUAUUCUAAUACGGUGAUAGAUGCACUUCUUCAUCCCAUUCAUAAUUUACUGAAUGGAACAGAGAUAUAUAUAAAUUGCCCUGAAACCUCUUUAAUACAUAUAGCUGAUAUUUUGGCAAGGAUUGCUGCUGUAGAAGAUGGCCUUUCUCUUGUCCUUUAUGGAGGAAACAUGAGCUCCGCCAAAAAGGAUAGUCUUACAGCAGCCCAUACAAUUGUUCAAUUUACAAAGAAACUCCUUGAUGAAAAUGUUUCUGUUUUGUCUGGAACCGAGAUGUUGCCAGCCCUUAAAGGAGCUUUCAUUUUUGUGUGUCGUCAGAUGUAUGGUACCUGUGAAGGUCUGCAGGUGCUGAUUCCUUAUGGUUUGCAUAAAUCCAUUGCUGACGCUUGGAAGAAGGCUAGUUCACUUUCAGAAAGGAUUCCUACUCCUGUACCUGGGGCAGACUCCAUUUCAUCAGGAAAUCAAGAGUCACAAAACAUUAUGGUAUGGGAAGAGACUUUACUAGAUGAUUUAUUAAACUUUGCUGCUACUCCAAAAGGUCUUCUUCUGCUUCAGAAUACAGGAGCCCUCAAUGAAUGUGUAACCUUUAUGUUCAGCAGAUUCUCAAAAAAACGCCAGGUGAGUGGAUGUGAAAGGUUUAGUUAUGGAGUGAUGGUUACACAAAUGGCAGCGACAUCUCCAGGUGCAGUAGCUCUGCAGCGUUCAGGGUUUAUAAAAGCACUUAUAACUGAAUUAUGGGCUGUUCUGGAGUGUGGAAGAGAUGAUCUUAGAGUAACUCACCCCAGUUCUACUCCAGUAGAUCCUAUUGACCGAAGCUGUCAGAAGAAUGCGUUACAACUACCAGUUCAAGAUGAUCUAAACCACCAAAUUUUACAAUCUUUUCUAGCGCUGGUAAAUUUGCUAUCCUAUCCUGCUAUUUAUGAACUGAUAGGUGAUCAGGAGAUACCAAAUAAACCAGAAUAUUCUCUCCGGGAAGUUCCUACUAAUGUUAUUGAUGUCAUUGACAGACUUAUAAUUUUGAAUUCAGAAGCUAAAAUUCACUCUUUAUUCAAUUAUGAACAAUCACACAUCUUUGGUCUGAGGUUGUUAAGUGUGCUGUGCUGUGAUCUAGAUACACUUCUACUUUUAGAGUCUCAAUAUAAAGUAUCACAAGUGCUUCUAAAUGCCCAGAAGGAGAACGUCAUAGAAACUUCUGAAGGACCUGGAAAUUUUAUAAUUGAUGGGAUAUCGGUAGAGACAAACCAUAUUCUUGUUAGGAUAAAUCUUACAGGAGGACCAGCGGAACGGAUUUUGCCUCAAAGAGUACUAAAUAAGGGCACUGAUCCAUAUCCCUGGCCAAUGUUUUCAUCAUACCCCUUGCCAAGGUGCUAUCUUUCAGAAGCUCCGAAGAAAGCUGAUUUUAGACAAGAUAGUGAUCUCAACAAGCUGUUGGCAUCCUUAAAAAAUCCAGAAAAACAGCCAGUGUGGAUUGAAAACUGUAGAAGACAGUUUUGCAAAAUCAUGAAAGCCAAACCUGAUGUCAUCAGUGGAACCAUUUUGGCAGAAUUAAUUGAAAAGUUUGUGUUGCAUCUUUCUGAAAACCCAUCAGAAUGUUACUUCAGCACUGAAGAAUAUGAAGCUGAUGAUGCAAAUGUGAAGAAUGAAAGCCUUUCAUCUGUGCAGCAGCUUGGCAUUAAAAUGACAGUCAGGUAUGGUAAAUAUUUAAAUUUGCUGAAAGAUGGUGCUGAAAAUGAUCUGUGCCUGGUGUUAAUGCACUGUGACAAAUUUCUGAAACAACAGCAAACAUCUGUACAGUCCUCACUUCGUUGUCUGCAGGAAGGUUAUGCUGGCUAUGACUGGUUUGCAUCAUCUGUAUUUCUGAUAAUGUCAGGAGAGAGAGAGAAAACAUUAACAUUUCUUCAGCAAUUUUCCAGUCUUCUCAUCUCAGCAUUUCUCUGGCUGCGAAGACUGCAUGUUUCUGUACACCUACCUAUUGACACAGCAGAAUCUGGCAUCCACCCCAUCUAUUUUUGCAGUGCUCACUACAUUGAGAUGUUGCUGAAGGCUGAGUUGCCACUUGUCUUUUCAGCUUUCCACAUGUCUGGUUUCACUCCAUCACAGACGAGCAUAGUGAGCAGGAUCUGGUCCCAGUAAAGGCUAAUUGCCUGAGUUUCAGAGAUGCUGAGCAUUCCCAACUCCCACUGGAUUCUAGUUCCUACAGGACAGAUGUUCUUAUCACAAAAAAGCUCACAUGAAGGGAAUGAAUGUCGUGUAUUAAAGCAUUGGACUGGGAUUCAGGAGAUCUGGGCUCUUUUCCCAUCUGUCCCAAAGCCUCCUUGUGCAAUCUUGAGCAAGUCACUUUAAGGCCUCAUUAUCAAAGGUGUUGAGAUCAAGAAUUCCCAAGUCAAUGAGAGUUGUUGCUGCUCAACUCAUCUGAAAAUCAGUUCCUUAAUUUCUUUAUUCUUCAGUUCCCCAUCUGUUAAGUGGAGGUAGUAAUAUUUCCCUACCUCCACAGGGGUGUUAUGUGGAUAAAAGCAUUGUACGUGAGGUGUUGAAAUACUACAGCGAUGAGCAGUUGAGCAACCUACUAACUAAAUAAAUCAAUAUUGGCAUUAACAUCCUUAUUGGAAGUCUCAGUGAUGUUAAAGACUGAAUGAACAUGGAGAUUGAACUAGCCUCCAUGCAGUCCCUCCAGGGUCAGGGCUGAGGCAUAUUGGUGGGGCAGUGUGGAGAAAGCUACUGCACAAGCAGCAAUAAUGCAGGCUAUUGAGUGGAAUAGAGGCUUUCCCUCCAGGAAUAUCACUCUCACAAACACUGCACUUACUUUUAAAAAUAAAUAAUCUGUCUUUACAAAAAUAUAUAAGAUAACUUGUAUGCCAAGUUUUAUCACACAUGGUAAUACCCACAGCAAGAAUAAGUUUUUAAUGGAAACACGUAAAAUGGACACUACUGUAAUAAGCACACAUCCUCUGGCUACAUUAUUGUGUUAUUUUAUUGCAAAAAAUAAUGCUUCAAUUAACUAUGAAAGCAACUUUAACAUAUAUAAAUGUCAGUGAAUAGGAAUACACAAUGGAAUGCAAUCUCAUUCCAAAGCAUAGCCAUUGUAAUCUAAUUAGAAACACAGUACUUUCUGCUGCUGCAUAUUUUUAAACACUUAGGGACUGAUUAACAAAGGAUUUGUGGUCUAGAGCUAAAUGAAGUGUGCUAUACACAAGGGAUUAAGCAACAAAUUGUGAUUUAGAAAUGGAAAAACCAAGAGCUGCUAAAGCCCGCGUCUUCCAUACCAUUCAAUUAAAUCCAAAGGUGCCUCAGGGAAGGACCUACCAUUCAUUUACAAGGCACAGAAAUUCUUUAAUUUAAAGGAAAACACACAUUAAAUACACCUUCAAAGACAUCCAUGCCAUUUAAAAAAAUCUUAAGAAAAUUCAAUACAUAAAGAAUAGUUUAUUUUUUCUGUCAUUAAACUUUGAAAUUUGUGUUUCAACUUAAACAAUUGCCUGUAUAGAUGUAUAUUACUGAAAUACAUGCAUUGGGUUCUUCUAUAUAGCAGUGUCCAUCAGGGUUGUACAUGCAUUAUUUCAGGGCCAUUGAUAUCAAAUGAGGAUCAUGGUCCCUGCUGCACCUCGGUUCUUUUUAACCAUCAUAAGCAGUGAGGCCAAACUUCAAAGGUCACUUCGUGAUCCUUUUUCAAAACCCCUUUUUCCUGUUAGCAGAACAAUAGUUGUUAAGAAGAGAAUACGUUUAGGACAAUUAAUCUGGAGGUUUUUUCACUUUUGGGGUAAAUUUGUUUUGUUGGAUUGACUUUGUUGGUUAGGACAGCACUGUUAUGUAUCACUUUUGCAUUGUUCCAACCCAGACACUAUUGAGACCAACAUGUCUGAAGCCAGUAGCUGGCUUUGAAUUAUUUUUGAUCUUAUCCUUCUCUGACCACCUCCUGGAGAGUCACUUGUUCUUUUUAAACUGCCAAGAGUUGUGAGCCAUAUGGGAAGUUCUCAAAGGAGGAAAACAGUUACUGACCUUAGUGUGCUAACUGCAGUUCUUUGAGAUGGUUGCCCAUCGGAAUUCAGACUCCCUGUGUACCUUCUUUAGAGCCUCAGGUGAGAGAGUCUUCAAUACAUGGGAAUGACUAAAGGGCAUUGGGAGCCACACCUCUUUUACAAAAACAACAAGGAUUUUGUAGAUAUAGACUAACACGGCUACCCCCUGAUACUUGACACCUCU